AUGUCUGGGCGAGGAAAAGGCGGAAAGGGACUCGGGAAAGGCGGCGCCAAGCGGCAUCGUAAAGUUUUGCGAGAUAACAUCCAGGGUAUCACCAAACCCGCCAUCAGGCGUCUGGCUCGCCGCGGCGGCGUGAAGCGUAUUUCCGGUCUGAUCUACGAGGAGACUCGCGGGGUGCUGAAGGUCUUUCUGGAGAACGUGAUCCGCGAUGCCGUGACUUACACCGAGCACGCCAAGCGCAAGACCGUCACCGCCAUGGACGUGGUUUACGCGCUCAAGCGCCAGGGACGCACCCUGUACGGCUUCGGCGGCUGA